UGAGGGCCCUGUCAGUUUUCUGCCACCUACAGGACACACCAUGAAGCUGAAAGAACUUGAGCGGCCUGCUGUCCCUGCAUGGAGCCCAGCUAGCCAGCACCCUGUGUGUCUGGCCACAGGAACCUCCGCCCAGCAGCUCGAUGCCUCCUUUAGCACAAAUGGCACAUUGGAAAUCUUUGAGGUUGAUUUCAGGGACCCCUCUUUGGACUUGAAACGCAAGGGAGUCCUUUCUGCCUCAAGCAGGUUUCACAAGCUGAUCUGGGGGAGCUUUGGCAAUGGGCUUCUGGAAGGCUCCGGGGUUCUUGCAGGCGGCGGGGACAAUGGCAUGCUUACUGUAUACAGUGUGGCACACAUCCUGUCUUCAGGGGAGGAGCCUGUGAUUGCCCAGAGACAGAAGCACACGGGGGCUGUCAGAGCCCUUGACUUUAAUCCUUUCCAGGGCAACCUCCUGGCCUCAGGGGCCAGUGAUUCUGAGAUCUUCAUUUGGGAUUUGAAUAACCUGAGUGUGCCAAUGACCCCAGGAUCCAAAUCGCAGUACCGCGAGCAGCCCCCAGAAGACAUCAAGGCACUCUCCUGGAACCGGCAAGUGCAGCACAUUCUGUCUUCCGCUCACCCCAGUGGCAAGGCUGUUGUCUGGGAUCUUAGGAAGAACGAACCUAUCAUUAAAGUCAGCGACCACAGCCGCAGGAUGCACUGCUCAGACCUGGCCUGGCACCCAGACAUCGCCACCCAGCUGGUGCUGUGCUCCGAAGACGACCGUCUCCCAGUGAUUCAGCUGUGGGACUUGCGCUUUGCCUCCUCACCCCUGAAGGUGCUGGAGGGUCACAGCAGGGGCAUCUUGUCGGUGUCGUGGAGCCAGGCUGACGCUGAGCUGCUGCUCAGCUGUGCCAAGGACAACCAGCUGUUGUGCUGGAACCUGGGGAGCGGUGAGGUGGCGUUUAAGCUGCCCCCACAGAGCAACUGGUGCUUUGAUGUGCAGUGGUGCCCUCGGGACCCUCCGGUGUUCUCUGCUGCCUCCUUCGAUGGCUGGAUCAGUUUGUACUCUGUGAUGGGCAGGAGCUGGGAACUCCAGCAGAUGAGACAGGCUGACAAGAUCUCUUCUUCUUUCAGCAAAGACUGGCCUCUCCCACCACUGCAGGUGCCAGAGCACGCGGUCCAAGCAUCGCUGGUACCUCCUCUGAAGAAAGCCCCCAAAUGGAUGAGACGGCCAGCGGGCGCUUCAUUUGCUUUUGGGGGGAAGCUGGUUUCAUUUGGCAUCCCCAGCACCCCUGCCCACCAGGUGCCUCAGCCUUGCCUCCGCCUAGUCUUUAUCAGUCAAGUCACCACCGAACCCGAGUUCCUGACGCGGUCCACUGAGCUGCAGGAGGCCCUGGGGUCGGGAAAUCUCUUGAAUUACUGUGAGAACAAGAUCCAGCUGGCGUCACUGCAAAGUGAAAAGAUGCUGUGGCAGUUCCUGAAGGUUUCCUUAGAACAAGACUCCAGGACGAAGUUCCUAAAACUGCUGGGAUACAGUAAAGAUGAGCUUCAGAAGAAGGUGGCCACUUGGAUGAAGAGGGACGUCGGGCCAGCUGGGAGCCCUCAGCUCAAGGGAGAUGGCCUCUGCCGAAACAGACAUCAGGUCUUCAGUAGCCAGGCCUGCAAACACGCCACCGAGGAAGCCUCCUCAGCCUUCUUUGAUGAGCUGGUGCCUCAGAACGUGGCUCCAUGGGAGAUCCCCGUCACAGAAGACACGGACGGACUCCUGAGCCAGGCUCUCCUGCUUGGGCAGCUGGGCCCCGCUGUGGAGCUGUGUCUGCAGGAAGAGCGUUUCACCGAUGCCAUCAUCCUGGCCCAGGCUGGGGGCACAGAGCUGCUGAAGCAAACACAAGAGCGCUACCUGGCCAGGAACAAAACCAGAAUCUCCUCGCUUCUAGCCUGUGUCGUGCGGAAGAAUUGGAAAGAUGUGGUGUGUGGCUGUAGUCUGCAAAACUGGAAAGAGGCACUGGCCUUGCUACUGACAUACGCAGGACCAGAGAACCUCCCUGAGCUCUGUGACAUGCUGGGCUCUCGCAUGGAGCAGGAGGGUGGCAGCGCUCUGACCUCCGAAGCCAGACUCUGCUACGUGUGCUCAGGGAGCGCGGAGCGGCUGGUGGAGUGCUGGGCAAAGUGCCACCAGGUUUCCUCCCCCGCGGCUCUGCAGGACCUGAUGGAGAAGCUGAUGGUCCUUCACAGGAGCCUGGAGCUACUGCGGGGCCCUGAUGGGGUGAGCCCUGGCCCUGCCACAUCCUACAGGAUCACUCAGUAUGCCAGCUUGCUGGCAGCCCAGGGCAGCCUGGCCACUGCCAUGCACUACCUACCCAGGGACUGUGCUCAGCCACCAGUGCAGCAGCUGAGAGAUCGCCUUUUCCACGCCCAGGGUUCUGGCAUCCUGGGCCAACAUUCUCCCCCAUUUCCCUUCCCCCGGGUGGUUGUGGGGGCCACCCCCUGCCGUAAAGAGACAGCGCCUUAUGGAAUGGGGUUCCAGCCUUCUCAACAGGUGGCAACACCAUCUCCAAGGCCAAGGAUUUUCAUACCUCAGUCCUCACCAGUGAUGCCCUUGACAGCUUCCCAUUCUAGCCCUUAUCAGGGCUGCAGGGUGCAGAACAGAAGUGAUUGCAGAGCGCCUGGGCUCCAGGCAGCCCAACCUUUGUCCCUGGGGCCUGGAGUAAGGCCUGCUUUAUCUCAGCCGCAGCAGUUGAGAGAGCAAAAGGCACAAGCCCUUAACCCCGUGGGGGUCCCUGGAUCGUGGCCUUUCCCUGGUCUCCUGACUCCCACAGCGCCCACAGACCUCACGCAGCCUGGCUCUGCCUCUCUGUCUGUGAGGCCCCAGCUGCUUCCGGUGAGCCCACCAGAUCUCAGCCUUCUGAGCCUCCAGCCCCUUGCUGCUCCCAUCAGCUUCCCUGUGGCGCCUCCUCCGGGAGGGCCAGGCGCUCCGUGCUCUAGCAGUCUCCCGGUCACCAGCCUCUUGACUCCUCAUCCAGGACCUCAAGAUUCCUUGAAAAAUGCUGCAGCUUCCAGGGCAAACCUUCAGAGGACAAAGCUGCCAGAGACAUUUGUGCCCCCUGCAGCAAUUACUGCUCCAGUUAUGAACCUCACCCCCGAGCCACGAGGGACCCUUUCCUCACAGCCCCCCGCCCCCAAUGUGGGUCAUGCUCCCCCUGGGGCUCCGGGAGAACUCAGCCUACAGCGACGUCAACGACCACCCGAAAAGGUGGAGAAGAAGGAGCUGCCCCCUGAGCAUCAGUGCCUGAAGACCAGCUUUGAGGCGCUUCUGCAGCGCUGCUCCUUGUGUGCCACAGACUUAAAGACAAAACGGAAGCUGGAGGAGGCAGCCCAGCGUCUGGAGUGUUUAUACGAGAAGCUUUGCCAAGGGACACUCUCGCCUUCUGUGCUGGCCGGACUCCAUGAGGUGGCCCGCUGUGUGAACGCAGGAAGCUUUGCGCAGGGCCUGGCGGUGCACACCCAGGUGGUGAGCUGCAGCAGCUUCAGCGAGGUCUCCGGCUUCAUGCCUGUCCUGAAGGCCGUCCUCACCAUUGCUCUUAAGCUGCACAUCUAAACCAGGCAGCCUCUCUGACGGAAGCCACUUCUGCUGUUACUCAACAACUCCCUGCAGAAAAGGGGUAUUUCGAAACAGAUUCCGAUUGCUUUCCCCACCCCGUUCCCCUGCUGUCAGGUACGUGAUACUCUAGGCUUGGCUCCAAAUCGCCGAGCACCUGCUUUGUGCCGGCCUUGUCAACCGGCCCAGGGGUCCGUCUGCCUGCCCAGGAGCAGCGCAGCGCCAGCUCUCCACGUUGCCUCCCAGCGCACUCCCACGGCACCUGGGCAGUAUCUGCUCCCAGAGUACUGUGGGCCCGAGGCUCUGAGGAGGUGAGCAGGCUUGUUACUCCUCAGUCUACCUCUGCUGUGCCUGUCUGGGCCUUCUGUUUUCCCCUUCUUACGAGCCUGACCUGGCCUUCCCCUCGCGUCUGACUUCGUAUUUUCAGCUCCUUAUUUCUCUGAAUCCUGGAGCCUGGGGUAAAGGUGACUGUUGCUCACAGACUCAAAGAUGUCUCAGACUUGAGGGAUGGGUUCCCAGCAGUACCAAGAGAAGCAACUUUGGUCCUUUUGAAAACCUGCCAGCGUGGGUGGGCUAGGGUCAUAGGGUGGGUGUGCACGGCCACUCGCUGGGGCUGGCAGGGCUGUGAGAGAGGAGCACAGGGGCCAGUGCUGUGGGGAGCAACCCAUGACUCACCCUGACCGUGGCCCAAGGCCCUGGAUUAUUUAUUCUGCGAUAAUAAACCCAGUUGUGGAAGGGGGCCAUGUUAGCCAAAGAUUCCUCUAUACUGCUCCUGGAAAGCUGGAGGCCCUUCUCCCCUCUCCGCCCCCACGUGUCUCAGGGUUGCCUUUUCCGUCUGUGCUUUCAUGGUUGGAUUCUGCAUUUGCUGCACUGAUGUGUUUAACGUGCAAUAAAGUUGUGUUGAUUUGGUUU